AUGUGGUCGACCGUCGAGCAAUUAGUUCUUAUCGAGUCCAUUCAAUACAUUCGUCCACAGGUUUCCACUGAUUGGAUUGCUGUGAGUGAAACCGUCAUCAAAACUUUACUCUUCAAUGGUCCCGUCGAUCAAAAAAAGUAUGACGAAAAUGAGUGUUACAAACAGCUGAAAGAACUUGAAAACAGAUAUGGGGCAGCUAUCCCUGCAGAGUCUUCAUUCUUCGGUUCACUUAACGCCAUCCUGAGGAAGAAACGUAUCGAGGAGUUGGACUAUGACAUAGAAACGUGUCGGAGAAACCUUCAAUACCUCGAGCAAUACGCUUAA